GUAAAAAGACCUCUGUGGGUAUGAAGACGCCGACUGACGAAGCAUCCUGCAUCGUACGUGGAGUCUCUCUGCUACACACUGACGUUCUCCCUCAUCAUCAUCUUCUCACACCAAGCCCAUGGCUACAGCAGGACGCGUGGUCUCUGACCUCCUCCUCCUCCUCCUCCUCUUCAUCUGGUGCUCCACCCUCUGCAAACACCUCCCCUCUUUCCCUUCUCGGCCGGUCCAUGGACGCUCAGAGUAGACGUCCUGUAGAAGCCUGUAAAACAGCAGACUCCUAUACUAAAAUCAACUUGGAAAUUCAAUGUGUCACAGGAGACCGUAUGAGGAAAGAGAGCCUCUUCCCUCCAUCCCUCCCUCUCCUGGCCCUCUUUCCAACGGUCCUUCCAGGGAACAGUAACCAGGUGAGCUUUGGUUGUUCGGACUGUCAUAAGGAGUACUUGAACUUCUCCGGCCUGGACAAACACCAGCAGCUCCAGUGUGAGUGGAGCAGUAAAAAGAACUUCCAAUGCAAGUACUGUGAGAAGGAGUACGUGAGCCUGGGAGCACUGAAGAUGCACAUCCGGACACACACGUUACCGUGUGUGUGCAAACUCUGUGGCAAGGCCUUCUCCAGACCCUGGCUGCUGCAGGGACAUAUACGAACACACACAGGAGAGAAGCCUUUCUCAUGCCUUCAAUGCAGCCGAGCCUUUGCUGACCGAUCCAACCUGCGAGCUCACCUCCAGACUCACUCCCAGGUGAAAAAGUACCAGUGUGCAAGCUGCUUCAAGACCUUCUCCAGGAUCUCACUGUUAUCCAAGCACCAGGAGGCCGGCUGCCCGUGUCCCGACAGCCUGGAAACGACACACUGAUGUACAGUCUCACUGCUGACUCAUUUAUCAUUUGCCACUGAGCUUUAUGAAAAUAAGCUUGACAAUAUUGAGAAUUAACAAAUGUAAUUUCCUCUUUAAGAAUCGUCUAGUUUUAUUUUCCCUAGUGUUAAGUUUAUGAAGCCCCUCAUCACAAAUACAAUGACAGUCUGUGCAGCAGGUGACAAGUAAGUCAAGGGUCACAUAUUGAAUUGUGCAUGAGAUCUUUCAUCUCCGACAGUAUCCAACAUGCACAGGAAAGUUUCCAUGUUUAAUAUGAACAAAACACCCAUGAGUGCCAUGAUUCCAGGACUGAGGUGAUUUCACUUUCAUUUCAGCAUUUUAUGCACACAGAAACUGUGUUUUGUGCAAAUGUUUGUCUCUUGAGUUUGUAAAAUGUAUGCUCUGUUAAAGCACUGCAGUGUUACGUAUGUUUUUCUAUUAAACUGCUUGUUGAUCUGAUAAAAACGAGUCCUGACUUUUGCAGUGUUGCCCUUAAACAAUGGGUUG